AGAAACACUUGUAUUGCUGUUGAUUGCGUAUGUGCUUGAGGUGAUUAUAUAGUUGACGUUAUAUUAAUUUAUUGGUGGUGAAACGUUUUAUUGUUGGGAAAAAAUAAAAUGUCGACGCGAAAACUUUUCUUUUGUUAGUUGAACGGAUUAGAAAUUUGUUGCGAAAAAAGAAAAAACAAAAUAGAAAAAUACUUAAGUACAAAUACCAGAACAGGAAAAGGUAUAAGCUGUUGGAGAUGGAUAAUGGUGAUCAAGAUUCGGGUUUCCGAUUAGGCCCAAUGUCACCGCAGGAAAUGAAGCCAGAUAUAUCGUUACUAAAUGAAAGCAAUACAAGUGGUUUCUCACCGAAGCCGGGCAGUCCUGGCUCAUUCGGUGCCAUAGGCCUUCAGGCUAUGAAUAUGGUGAAUGCCGUGGCUGCUGUGGCAGCUAACAGCCAAAAUCAAAUACUACAGGCAACCUCACCACCGCAUCCACAGCAGCAACAACAGCAGCAGCAACAGCAAUAUCCUCCCAAUCAUCCGUUAAGUGGUUCUAAGCACUUGUGUUCGAUAUGUGGCGACCGAGCUAGUGGCAAACAUUACGGUGUUUAUAGUUGUGAAGGAUGUAAGGGGUUUUUUAAGCGUACUGUACGCAAAGACUUGACAUAUGCUUGCCGAGAGGACCGUAAUUGCAUUAUAGAUAAACGUCAGCGUAACCGUUGUCAAUACUGUCGUUAUCAAAAAUGUUUGGCUUGCGGAAUGAAACGCGAGGCGGUGCAAGAAGAACGUCAAAGAGGUACACGUGCCAAUAGUGCCCGGGGUAGCAGUGGAACAGCCAGUGAGGAUUUUAAACCAAGUAGUUCAUUGCGGGACCUCAACAUCGAGCGAAUAAUAGAAGCCGAACAAAAGGCUGAAGCUAUGAGCGGUGAUAAUGUGAUGCCUUUUCUGCGUGUUGGUCCUAAUUCAAUGGUGCAGCAUGAUUAUAAAGGGGCUGUUUCCCAUCUUUGUCAGAUGGUAAACAAACAAUUAUAUGAAAUGGUGGAGUAUGCACGUCGAACUCCACAUUUUACACAUUUGCAACGGGAGGAUCAAGUUCUGUUGCUGAAGGCUGGAUGGAAUGAAUUACUUAUUGCUAAUGUAGCUUGGUGCAGUAUAGAUUCCUUGGAUGUUGAUUACGCUACGCCGGGCGUAGGCCAUGAUGGUUCUUUUGGUAGGCGUUCGCCUAUACGUCAACCUCAGCAGCUCUUCCUUAACCAGAAUUUCUCUUAUCAUCGCAACAGUGCUUUGAAGGCAAAUGUGGUUUCUAUAUUCGAUCGCAUACUUUCAGAAUUAAGCAUUAAAAUGAAACGUUUGAAUAUAGACCGCGCUGAGCUGGCCUGCCUAAAGGCUAUCAUACUGUUCAACCCAGAUAUACGUGGUCUUAAGUGUCGGGCUGAUGUAGAAGUAUGCCGUGAGAAGAUUUAUGCUUGUUUGGACGAGCACUGCCGAAAUGAACAUCCCGGUGAUGAUGGACGUUUUGCUCAAUUGCUCUUAAGAUUACCGGCCUUGCGUUCCAUUAGCUUGAAAUGUUUAGAUCAUUUGUUUUUCUUUCGUUUAAUUGGAGAUAAGACCCUGGAAGAAUUGGUCGCCGAACAACUGGAGGCGCCCAGUUGCUAAAGACAGAAACGGUACAAUCGUUAUCGGAUUUGAAAUGAAAGCGAGAGUUUUAAAAAAGUUUAAACAAGUACGUUGGUGUUUUUAAAGGCCUAUAAAGCCAAUUGUUUGUUAUUGUUAUAUCGCUCUUUAACUCUAUCUUUCUCUAUAUUGAAUUUGAGUGUAUUUGUUAAAGGCCAGUUUCACUGCCUAGACAAACACUUUGGACGGUUGACGGUAGCAUUAGUUUAAGUAACAAAAUCAAAGAAAUCUUUUUCUUCUACAUUAACUUGAUUGUUGUUACUUGAUAAAAGUACACAUAAUUAUAAAAAAAGUUAAAAAAA